AUGUCUGCCCCGGACGAGAAACGGAGCUACUCCUGCUCGACGCAGAAGGACCUCAACACCGAGCCGCUGCCGGCCAAGCACACCGAAGAGGGUGAACGGCCGGCGGCUGGCAAAGGCGACGACUCCAUCGUCGUCGGCAUCGGGAGGGAGGUCCCCCGCUGGGACGUUGUGAAGCAGACGCCGCGGCAGCUCAAGUACUUCGUGCAGGCGAGCAAGUUCCCCUCCGCCAAGCGCGCCCAGGACGCCGCCGCGGCGUUCCAGAAGGCGGCAGACCUGUGGAACGAGGUGGACCUCGGCGUCAAGAUCACGGCGGCGCCCGACGCCGCCGGCGCCAACUUCGACCUGACCUACUGGGAGCCGGACGACCCGCGCGACACGACGCUGGCGAUGGCCUUCUUCCCCAACGAGAAGAACCAGACCGUGUGGGUGUACGCGAGCGCCCUGCAGCCGCGCAACUUUGACGACCUCCCGCACAUCUUUGCGCAUGAGAUCGGGCACAUCCUUGGUCUCCGCCACGAGUUUGCCAUUACGGGUGACGCGGCUAAGAACCUGAGCGCCGAGGGCGAGGGGGCCACGCAGUUCAUGGAGUCUAACUAUGACUCGGUCAUGAGCUAUAACUUCCCGCCGACCAUCCAGGACACCGAUAAAGAGGGAAUCAAGGCUUUCUAUAAACUCAAGAACGGGACCAAGGUCGGCGGGCGGCCGGUGAGGGAUUACAUUCCUACGAUCAAGAAGCGGUAG